CAUGUUUUAACUUGUUCGUUGGGUCAGUGUCUGAAUUUUAUUUGUGUUCCACGGACUACCCUUCUGUUACAGCACCCGGUCUUGGAUAUGUACGCACCUGUAAGAUUUCAUUUGUGCGAGACCCUUGUUAAAGGGAGAGGCUACUGGUCAGUGACAGGCGUGGGAAUAAUACUACCCACCCUUCUCUCAUCCUUCUCUCCUUUCGUCUUUCACCGGUCUGGUACCACUGCAUUGCUACAACCUACGUCACACAUCUAUCGUCGACCUAAUGCUAUCCUUCCUUUUCUCUAUUUCUGUUGUCAUUGCUCUCGUUCGUGCAGAUGUCGUUCCAACCGCUCCAGGUCCCAACGAUGUAUUCAACGCUAGUUCGCCAUGUCUCAUCAAGUGGAAUGCGGACGCUGAUGGUGAUUGGAAGAACAUGACAAUCAAACUUAUGGCUGGUUCCAAUGACAACAUGCAGCUUGUUGAGACGGUCGCUGUUGGGCUGGAUGGCACUGAUUCAACCGUCACACCUUUUACAUGGACAUGUCCGUCUGUUACACCUUAUUCCCACAUAUAUUUCUAUGAGUUCACGAAUGGAAACGACGCUGAUGGUUCCAAGUGGACGACGCGUUUUACAAUUGCAUCCCCAUCUGGCGAGACUACACCUCCAGAACAUUCAUCACAGCCCAACGGCGAUAAUAUUCCAUGGGGCAUUGGUAGCACGAGCGACACAAGCGAUUCUGACACCAAGACCGGCUCUCACACUGUAACGGGUACUACUACUCUAGGACAUGUUUACCAAUGGUAGUCGCUUGUGUGGCUACGGCCCUUCCGCUUUCAUAUAUUACCGCUCAAUUACAUAUUUUACUUAGUCUUUUUUACCAUCAUCUCUAGUACAACUUCAAUCUAUCGGUUGUCGUGUUCUAUUGCGUGAUAUAAGACAACG